AUGCCAGUUUUUAGGGUUCUUCGAUUCGCGCAUUUCUGGCGAGAUGAUCGUUCUAGGGAGCUAGCUUGGGGCGGCGAGCGCAUGAUCUUUGCUUGGAUUUCUGGUGGAGAGAUCUUUCGUUUCUCUCAUGUGUCAUCGCGAGCGGAUGCUUCGGGGAGCGAAAGCCCCCAAACGCGCCCCAAGGCCGCUGCCGCUGCUCAUCGAGGCGCGGCAGCGGAAGGGCCUCGCUCGAAAUUUCGAGCGGCGACAGCGGCAUCGGAAGAGCCUCGCUCGAAAUCGAGCGGCGGCCAGCGGCAUCGGCCAGAUCUUCCUCGAAAUCUCGAGAAUCUUGCUCGGAAUUUCGAGCGAUCGGCCAUGGGCCAGCAGGAUCUGAGGCGGAAUCGUGCCCAGCAGCAGAGGAAUCAAACUACAUUGUUGCAUGGCCGAUCGAGGAGCGGCGGUGGCCGCGGCGGCGGCGGCAGUGGCAGUGGCAAUGGUGGGCGAUUCUCGGUGUGCUCUUCGUGGUUCGAUGUGCGCGUGCUCUACGCCCGCGUCGCGUUCUGCGCCGUGGAGGAGGCGCCGGAGCUCCUCACGAUCUGGUUCCCGCCGCGCGGCAUCGACAUCGCGCUGGAGGUGAAUGGAGGCCGCGUCGCGCCGUCCGAGGAGGCAUGCAUCGCCCUCCGGCGGGACCGCCUGGACUUAGAGUCCGAGGAGGUGACGUUCGUGAGCACGGACAACCUUCGGACGUCUGGAUCGCUGGCUUUCGAGAUCUACCAUCGCCACGACUUCCUGGUGUCGGGCUGCCUCAAGCAAUCGGUGAUCAGCAGCCACGAUAGCUCCAGCUUCUGUGAGGGAGGUAUGCCGGGGAUUAGAAAGCUCGGGUGGCGGAUGGAGUGUAGCUGCGAGGCCGGUAGCUCAAAGUGCUCGUUUGUUCGCGUCCAGCAGCACCACUUACGAUCGCCACCACCACCGCCAUCGCCAUCGCCCUCUUCUUCUUCCAGUUCCAGCUCGAGCUUGACGACUUUGAUGGAAGUUUGCGUGGUGGGGAGGUAUAUCGGGUCUCCGGUGAUUCUAACCCAGACUGUCCAGCUUAAUGCGAGGAGAAGCCGGCUCAGGUGCACGGUGCUAGAUGUCAUCCCGGAGGACGAGGAGUGCUGUGGCGCCGCCACCCCGACGCCCAAGAACAGGUGCUUUGGCAGCGGUGGCGGUGGUGGUGGUGGAGUGCCGAGGAACUGUUUCGUGACCGAUCAACAGCAGCAACAACUGGGCAAGAACUUCCCAGAGGCUGCCGAAGUAUCCGUAUCAGCCGUCAAAAGCAGAGACGGCGACGACGGCGUGGAUCGCGACGACGAUGACGACGAAGAGUUUCGCAAGCUGUACGAGAGCGACUACGAGGAGAAUGGAGACGUCUCGUGGUUUAACGCGGGCGUCCGGGUUGGAGUUGGCAUCGGGCUGGGGAUGUGCUUGGGCGUCGGGCUGGGAGUCGGGCUCAUGGUACGCACUUACAACGCCACCGCCAGAUCCUUCCGCCGAGGUCUUCUCUGAUCUUCAUGCUUCUCCCUCUUGUGCUUGUGAAUAGAGCGCUUUCUUUUUUACUUUC